AUGGAGAAUCAGCGAUUCAAAGCAAAGGACACCCAUAAUUCGAAAUUCAAAACUUAUCUCACUGCCUCUGAAUACUUUCUUCAUCAAAGAAACUUCGAAGAUUGUCGUAAUUACGCCUUAAAAGCCAUUGAAAUCGACUCAAAUCAAAUUUCCCCUUCACAAAUCCUCGCUAUAGCGAAUGUAUUACUUCUCUCAACCACCAUUAACGAACACACAAAUUACUAUUCUAUCCUUAACCUUCCUCUCUACACUCAAAACCCACAACUCAUCAAAACCCAUUUCACUAACGUUACGAAUCUGUUAAACCCUAACAAGAAUCGGUACCCAUUUGCUUCUGAAGCUUUUGGGGUUGUACUCAAAGCUUGGUCUGUGCUUUCGAACCAGACCCAGAAAACCCGCUUUGAUAACGAGUUGAAAAACAGGGGAGAAGAUAGGGGUAGUUUUUGGACUGUCUGUCCUUACUGUUACUAUGUGUAUGAGUUUUUGAAAGAUUAUGAAGAUUGUUGUUUGAGAUGUCAGAAUGAGAAAUGUAGAAGAGUGUUUCAUGGGGUGCCUAUUGUGGGCCCAUCUCCGCCACCUGAGGUGGCGGAGAAGGGUGAGUAUCAUUGCUUCGGGUUCACCGUUUUGGGCAAUGGUACUCACCCUUUGUGGUCCCCUUUUGUGGGCACUAAGACUAAUGAGAAUAACGUUGAGUCUGAAAUCGCGGGAGAAAAGACUAACGAGAAGAAUAAUGUGGAUGAGUUCAUUGAAAUUUCCGAUGAUGAGGAUGAAAAUGGGGGAAAUGAGAAAUCUUUAGGGGUCAAAGAGGUAUUUGUGGAAACUAAUGGUGUGGAAGUGGAUACGAGAGGUGAUUUCAAGGAGAAAAGGGUAAAAAUGGUGGGGAAGAGUUUAAAUAAGGUGUUGGGAAAAGGUAACAAAGUUAACAUGAAUGAGAUUGUUUAUAAUGAGGGAAAUGAUGAUUUCGAGACUAAUGAGAAUACUGUUGAGUUUGGUAACGAAGGAGAUAAUAAUGUUGAGUUUUUUAUGGGAGAUGAUAUCUAUGUGAGGAUGCAAGAAGAAUUUGAUAUUGGGACAUUGUUUUUAUGA